AUGAUGUUGCUGUCUUCGUAUAUCACUAGCGUCCUUAUCAUCACUGUCUUUGCGACAAUUUCUAGUGGAAAUAUUGAACAUACGGUAUUACGUGGCGUACCAUCAUCAUUGCAAUCAAAGUACGCUCAGUUGAAAUCAUUUGCUUGUCUUGAUGGUUCAUCGACAAUUCCAUUCGAAUAUGUGAAUGAUGAUUAUUGUGACUGUCGAGAUGGUAGUGAUGAGCCAGGUACUUCAGCUUGUCCAAAUGGUCGAUUCUUUUGCGAAAAUAAAGGAUAUAUUGGUACAUCCAUUCCUUCACAUUUAGUUGGAGAUGGUAUAUGUGAUUGUUGUGAUGGCUCCGAUGAAUAUGAAACAAGCGUUGUUUGUAAUAAUACAUGUUUUGAAUUAGCUCAAAAAAGUAGAGCUGAACAUGAAGCCAGACGAAUAUUACAUGAAGUUGGAGUAGCCAAAAAGAAAGAUAUUAUGGUUAAAUCUAUAGUUGCUGUAUCAGCUCGAAAAGCACGUCUCCUUGAACUUGAACAAGAAUUACAAACAAUUGACAAUGAAUUAAAAGAAAAAGAAGCAUUAAAACAGUUAGCUGAAGCUCCAGAGAGUGAAGCUAAAGAAAAACAUCAAAAACUAUGGGAAGAACAACGUGCAAUCCGUGAAGCUAUCGCACACGAUAACCAAAUGCGAGAAAUGUUUGCCGAUAUAGAUACUAAUAAUGAUUCCUUAGUUUCAAUUGAAGAAUUACAAAAACAUACAGAACUUGAUACUGACCAAGAAAAUGAAUUUACAGUUGAAGAAGUUCGCUCAAUUCUUGGCGCUGAUUCUGUUAAUUUGGAUGAAUUUAAUGUAACUGUAUUUGAGCAAAUAUCGAAUUCUUAUCAAAAAUUACCACAACCAUCAACUGAAGCUGCAACUCAUCUCGAGGAGGUCACUGAAAAAAUAGACGAAGCUCUCAAACAAGAAGAAGAAAAAAAAACAACAACAACAUCUGGUACGGAAGGUUAUUAUGAAGAAGAUACCAAUCACCACCAUGACGAUGACUCAGAUCAUCAUCAUCAUGAUGAAGACGCGGAUCAUCAUCAUGAUGAAGACGCGGAUCAUCAUCACCAUGAGGAGACAAUAACAACUGUUGCUACAUCACUUGACCAUGGAAAACAUAUUCAUGAUGAUACGGUGCCACAAUACGAUGAUGAAACAAAGAAAUUAAUGGAAAUAGCUGAUCAUGCUCGUAAUGAAUAUAAUGAAGUUGAAAGAAAAGUUCACGAUGUUAAACGACAGAUUGAAGAUUUAAGAAAACAAGCCGAUGUUGAUGUUGGAUCUCAUGGCGAAUAUUCAGCAUUUAUGGAUCAGUGUUUUGAUUAUGAUGAACGUGAAUAUACAUAUCGAGUAUGUAUGUUUAAAGAUGCGAAGCAAAUUUCGAAAGGUGGCGGUAGCGAUGUAACAAUUGGUUAUUGGGAUGCAUGGACUGGACCUUCAGAUAAUAAAUAUUUAAAAAUGAAAUAUGCAAAUGGUGCAACCUGUUGGAAUGGUCCAGCUCGAUCAUUAACAAUUACAUUCCAAUGUGGCGUUGACCAUAAAAUUAUCGAUGUCAGAGAACCGACUCGAUGUGAAUAUUCUAUGUUAUUUGAAACACCAUCAGCGUGUGAUGAAAAAAUUGCCACAACCAUAAUACAUCCCAAUCAUGAGGAAUUUUAA